AUGGAGGACACAACUAUGCAGGACAGCUCCCCAGGGUUGUUUGCAGAGCUCAGCUUCACCAUAUGUCCCAAUGGUCUAUCCGAAGACCGUAUACAAGAGAUUGAACAUGCCAUUACUGGCGCACAUGGGACGAUAGUGCCCUUUGAAGCCCCCAAGGGUCGCAUAGAUAAUCUUCAAGAAAUCAACUACAUCGUUUCGGAGACGGCCGACUUCCCAGACUACUACCGUGCCCUCGAUCUCAUGAUACAUGUCAUCAGACCAGCAUGGGUAGACGCGUCCCUCCAGGCCAUGAAGACCAAGAAUCCGCGGACAUACAGCCCGGAUCCUGCUCUGUUCAUGAAUGACGUCGUCAUAUGUUGCGGUGACAUACCCAGCGGAGACAAAGAGGCUAUCGAAGGCGGCGUGCUGGCAAUGGGCGGACAGAUUGCACCCAGCUUGUCCAAGUGGGUGACGCAUCUUAUUGCGCUGGAUAUCAGCGAGCCACGGUGCCAACUGGCGAUUAGCAAGCGCCUGCAGCUUACGAUUGUGCUACCCCACUGGUUCGAUGACUGCCUAAAGGUUGGACGGAGAAUAUCAGAACGCCCCUAUACGCUACCAAAUCCCGAGAUCCUCGCCGAUGCCGAACCAGGCGCAAUACCUCCUACGCGAACAAGCCAGCAGAUUCGAGAUGCCACCACGCCAGACCCCCAGAAUGAGCCUGUACCACCCCCACCUCAUCUCGAACCCCCGCGUGCGAUCAAAGCCUUUGAAGGGAAAAGCGUCAAGCUUGGAGAAGACCUAGAUAUCAGCACUAAGCUCAGGGGUAUCAUAACAGGCAUGAUCAAGGCUGGUGGCGGUAGUGUGACGUCCAAGAUAGACGAGGCAGACAUGUACGUAUGCAACUACCGGGAAGGUACCGACUAUGUCAAGGCUUCGCAAGCACAGAAAGAUGUCGGCAAUCUCGGCUGGCUAUACUAUCUCAUCACUCACGGCAUCUGGACAAAUCCAAUGCAGCGAAUGAUGCACUAUCCACGGCCACGUCAAGGCAUUCCAGGCUUCGAUAAGUACAAGAUUAGCAUAUCAAGCUAUACGGGCGAAGCGCGUGUUUACCUAGAGAACUUGAUCAAGGCGGCUGGCGCAGAAUUCACAAAGACCUUCAAACAGGAUAACACACAUCUUAUUGCUGCACACAAGAACAGUGAAAAAUGCGAAGCAGCAACAGAGUGGGGUGUGAACAUUGUCAACCAUCUUUGGCUCGAAGACAGCUAUGCUAAGUGCCGAGAGAUGCCACUGACGGACAAUCGCUACACAUACUUUCCAGCGCGAACAAACCUCGGAGAGGUCUUGGGCCAGACCGAGAUAGACCGUGAGGCUACUGAGAAGAUGUUCUUCUCCAAACAAACGAAGCCUACCAAGGCUGCAAAAGUAGCGCCUCAAAUCAAUAAUGCCCCAGCGUCCAAUGUUGCACCAAGAGUAAGCGAGCCUCCACCAGCACGCAGCCCGCCUGCGGCUGAGAAGGCUAAGCGUGCCAAAUCAGGAGGUAGUGUGCAAACCCCAGCGCCUGCACGACAAACAGAUGGAAAGGAAAAUCAUACACCAGGCAGCCGUGGUGCCAAGGACCGAGCACUGUCAAAGCUACACGAUGCCGCCCCAGAUAUUGCCCAAUUCGAAAAAGAAAUGAAGCGUAAGGGUGGCGUCAUACAUGGCGGACGUCGACGAGCAGAAGGCGAGACCGAGGAACGAGCAAAACAAACAAAAAGUGGUCGUGAUUCUAUGUCGAGUAAGCGUUCUUUUGACAAAGUCGACGAAGACGACGAAGAUGAAGAGACAGAAGAGGAAACCACGGAUAUCCCAGCGAAGAAUAGUAAACGAGCAAAGAAGGAGAAGCUUACCCCCAUCAAAUUCCGCAUGUUGAUCUCAAAAGAUGAACGAUGGACCAACAAUCCAGACAAAGAGUCCAAAGACAAGACACGUCUACGCGAACUUGGCCUCUUCAUCACCGACGACUUCAAAAAAGUAGACCUUGUCUGCGCCCCACAUCCAGUCCGAACAAAAAAGUUCAUCGCGUCGCUCGCCUGCGCACCCACUCUCGUCUCAACCAGCUACCUCGACUACGCCCUCAAGCACAACAAGCUUCCCCCAAUCGACAAGCACCUUCUCCAAGACAAGGAUUUCGAAAAAGCAAACAACUUCAAACUCUCCGAAGCCCUCGAACGCGCAAAGCAAAACCGCCAUCGUCUCCUCAAAGACUGGACUAUUUUCUGCACCGAAAAAGUUGCGGGCGGGUUCGAUACCUACAAGGAUAUUAUCGAAGUCAACGGUGGCAAAUGUUCGCUUUGGAAAGGUCGACCAACUACUGUCUCGGCUUCCAAGCGUAUUCUUAAUACCUCGGAUAAGGAAGUUAGUCAGAACCAGGUUGAGGACGAGGGCGAUGUGCUAUAUCUAAUUUCCGACGCUGACAAGAGGGAAUUCACGAACUGGAACAAAUUUAGGGAGUUGGCCAAGAAACACGACAUGACUCCUCGCAUUGUCAAGACGGAGUGGCUGCUGAGUGUUGCUAUGGCGCAGUAUGUGCAUUGGGAUCCGCAAUGGGAGCUUAAUGAGGAGAGUAUGGGGGCUGCGGCGAAGCAGUGAGAGUUAUUCAUAUUUCUUUCUUUUAUUUAUGUCGCGAACUUAGUGCGCGUUUUCGGCAAAUGCAGCGUUGAAGCAAAGCGAUGGGCGUCAUGGUACGUGGGUUUGUCUUGAUAGCGAUGCGAAAAAGCGGGGAAGACUGGAGUGUAAAGCGACUCGUGUGCUUAUGUAUAAUUAGAUGGAUUGCAUGAUGAGUGUGGUGGAAUACCAACUAUCUCUGUACACGUGA